AUGGGAAGGAAAAAAGGCGGAAAGCCUAAGGCAUCCCCUGCCAGAGGCAAACAAUCGGCCGAGAAGCGUCUCAAAGGGAACGACGACAGCCCCGAAGGCCAAAACAGCGCCAGUUCCAUCGAUGACGCGGGUAAACGUGUCGCUGAUAGCACCGAAACUGAUCAUACCGGUGGUGCCGACGAUGCCAACGAUGUCACUGACUUGAAUUCUGAGAAGAGUGACGAAAGCUCUGAGGAUGAAGCUGAAGCGAAAAAGCAGCGCCACAAAAGACCUAGAAGAAGCGAGUGGGCACUUGCGCUCAUUCAAGCCUUCGUUGGGGAAGUAGGAGCUAAAGUCAAGGACGCUCUACAGUCAGAUCCUCCGGACCUUACCGCAGUUGAAUCACUUUUAUCUGGGCUUAAUAAGGACAUCCAAUCCGCCAACCAUGCAAAUCAAGCUCAUCUGACCGAUGGACUUUUAAUGGUCAAUAUGUAUAGACAUACGUACGACGGAUGGGCGGCAAAGAUCGGCAUGGCCGAUGUGCAAGACAAUGCCGAGAAAGGUUGGAGAGCAUAUGAUGCGACGCUGGAACUUCUUCGUGUCUUCAACCGCGAAAACGGCCUGCCUAUUGACUGGGUCUUUUCACCUGCAGCGACACAGACAAUGUUUGGAGAGAGGCCGCCAAGUGUGAUUGAGCCAUCUCCCGAUCUGGAAAUGGACUCCGCCGUCGAGUAUGAAAGCGAAAGUGAAAGCGAAAGUGAGAGCGAAGCUGGAAUCGACGGCAUUGACGCUUUGGAAAAAAGGAUGCGGAAGGAGUACAGCUCAUUGUCAAGGGGGAAAGUCCUCUACUGGUGGCCGGUGGGGACAGGCACUCAAAUCUUUGUGCGAUACGGCUCCAAACGGAAGGCCAUAUACCGUGUGCGGGCGGGGUCCUCCAUGCCAUACAGUGAGCACGACACCGAGCUGGUUUUGGGCCAGACUCGUGGGAACAAGAAGAUGAUCAUAAAAGAUGAUAGAGGAAGUAUAAGAGAGGCAUGGGAAUACACCCGAAAUCAAGUUGAUGACAUCGUUGGGGUUGGCUGGAAAAUCGAAGACGACGACGAAGCCGGAGUGAACGCAUUGGAGCUGAUUCGGCCGAGGAAAUGCGCAAUGUAUCCCCAUACUCGAGUCGUCGUGAAAUGGAAAGAUGGUCAGACAAGUCUUGAGCGCAGAGGGUUUGUCCGACGGAUUGCCAAUGGAACGAGCCUCAACGGGGACCGAAUGAUCUACCUGAAAGCGAGAGAAAUGGAGAAGACUUACUGGGGAGACGAAUUUGAUGGCGAGACCGAGGAGAGCGACUCGGGCAAUGAGACCGAGACCACCCAGUCGACGAAAAGAUCUCGACACCUACGGCACCGAAGUCGUCCGUCUCGCAGACAUUGGCAAGACAGCGAUAGCUCUGAGAGUGAUGCUGAUUCGGAAACCUCUGAAUCCAGUUUGGAGUCUAAACCCAGAAGGUCACGUCGACACAAGGUCUCCAAUGCCAACAAACACAGAGCAGGUAAGAAAUCUAGGAGAUCAGGUCAAGAAGAUCGUCAGAUCCGCAUGCUUCAAGAUCUCUUGGAGCAAUUGACAACCAAGAGAAACUCCGAUAGACCGAGUGAGCGGUCUCGCCGUUCUCGAGGCGUCCGUCGUAGCAACAAGCCAUAG